CGAAAUCGACAAAAUAUCGAGACACAACUUUACUCGGCAUUAAACGGUCUACACAAUUUAGCUAAUAAUAAAAAAAUCAGUGAGGUACAUGUUUCUUUAGAAAAAUAUUCCAGGGAUCACCGAUAUGCACAUCCCUGGUGAUUAUGUCGACACUUUUUUAGCAUUAGAAUAAAAAUGUCGUACUUAUAGUAACUUUUACUCUCAAAAUUUCGUUCUAAUUGCUAAAAGUAUUUGGAAGAAAAUUAUAAUAAAUCGAAAAGAAAUGAAAACUUUAACCUCCUGAGCUAGGAAACAAAUCAGAAUCAGACGUAUGUUGAUAUAAAAAAUAAAAACUUUUAUGGAAUUAUCUUUUAUUAAAAUUUUAUUAGGAAUCACAUCUCCCUACGGAGAGAUGGCAUGUGUUUUAUGAAACACCCUGUAUAUGGGUUAUACGAUUACGUUUCGUUCAGAUUAGUUCCGGCAGCAAAAAGGAGACGUGAACUUGUGUGUUUUUAAAAAUGAGUGCACCAAAGAGAGUAAAAGUUUGUUUUGUGAAGGAUUGCUUUAGUAACUCGGAUGCCACUCCGGAUAAGAUUUUUAUCACUGUUCCCUUAAGGCCAAACCUUAGAAGAAUUUGGUUCGAAGCAGCAAGACAACCGUAUGCAAGUAGGUCAUCAAAAUAUUGCUGCGAAGAUCAUUUUGAUGUGACAGAAGAUAUAGAAAACUAUAUGCGAUAUAAGCUGGUUGGUGGAAAGGUUUUACUGAAAAAUAAUGUUGUUCCUCAUUUAUUUAAACACCAGCUUUUCACAGGUAAACAUAUCGUGAGUCCAUUUGUGACUCAGAACAACUUUCGUUGCACGUCAUCAGUGACACCAUGCGUCGUCUUAUGGAGUUUGCUGGUGGUCGUAUUAUGAUGUGCAACAAAAUUUAUUUUAAUUUCCCCAUAGCUUAGAAAAAGAUUUCAAUUUUCUGUGUAAAUUUUCACAAACUUCUGUAACUAGUA